AUGUCGCACUCUGUCAACAAUCAGAACAGUCACGACGACGACUACGAACUCGUCAUUGACCCAAAGCAUCACGUAACAGUCCUUGACUCCGAUCACGAGGAUGUUGAGUGGGACGACUGCGAUUUCGAAGUCAAGCAAAAGACUUCCGACCCCAAGCCUGCCGCAUCUAUCCCCAGCAGCAGCAGCAAGAACAACAACAACAAGAAUUCUGCGAAGAAGCAGAACUCACAGGAAAAUGCUCGCAUGAAGUUCGCCGCAGCUAUCAAGUUUCUCGAACCAGAAAUCAAGAGCUGCAAGACUCUGUCCGGAUAG